AAUUAAAAAAGAAAACACGGGAAGAAUCAAAGCAACAGCACAAAGACAAAAUGAUAAGAAGACUGAUUCAAAAAAGCUGGCAAAGCAGAUCAAUAUCAAUCCUGUCACAGCUUUGGAAUGGACCACAAGCGACAGCCGGAGGAGUUGAAGCAGAGAGACGUCUUCAAAACCUUCUCCAGAGGGCUUUCCCAGCAGCCAAAGACAUUCAAGUUGCAGACAUUUCAGGUGGUUGCGGUGCGAUGUAUGAAAUUUUUGUCGAAGCGCCAGAAUUCAAAGGACUGUCAGUAGUGAAGCAACACAGACUGGUGAAUGAGGCGCUGAGAGAAGAAAUCAAAGAAAUGCAUGGCUUAAGAAUAUCCACAACUGUUGCUAAAUAAUUACUUAACAAUUUUUGAGUGGUAAGUGUGGCUGUUGUCGCUAGUGAUAAUAAAAUUAUGAUGUAGAGUCCGCCGAAAUCCUAAUACAAAAUCAAUUUGAUUUAUCUCUCAUUUAGAGGGGCCAAAAUGAAACAGUUCAUGUUUCUGGAAAGAUAGUUUUAUUCACCUUUAUCAAAGAGAUAGCACAUUCACGUGUAUAGUGUUUUGGAUUACUCGGGGAAAUAAGAAUCGAUCUACACACAGGUAGAAAGUAGACACAGCAGAUAGGCCGUACAGUCAAAAUGAUGCUUGAUUUGUGCUGUAAGUGAGAAACCGUGAUGUGUCAAAGCCGUGGCAUCCCUGUCCACAACAAUAGAAAUGCCCAAAUUCUAGUGGGAUAUGCACAUGUCAACACACUGGCAGACAGGGACUGAUACUCGAUUGGACCAAGUCAGAUAUUUUGCACUCUAGAGAUGGAGACCCAGGGCUCGUACCGGAAAACUACCGCUAAAAGCUUCUGUAACAAUACACUUUUCUUUUUUCUGUUAGUUAAUUGUUUGACAUUUAUGAUUUAAAUUUAAUUUUUUUACAUUCCACAAUAUUUAAAUUUUGCUCAGGAAAGGAAAAUAAUAAUACACUACAUAAUUUUUUUUUGCACAGCAAUGACAUUUUCCCCUGCAACUAUAGAAAUCAAUACACGUUCAAUAUUUGAAUUUUUUCCGUCUUGUUUAGUUUUUCAUAAUUUAUUUAGUGCGUUUUAUUUUACAUUAGCGAGACACCCUGGGUGAUCCCCGUCUUUAAUAUAUGGAACACGUCAAUUUUUUGUGCUGCAAGAUAGUAAAACCUUUUAAAUUGUUCAAUAGAGGAAGAGGGAGUUUUAUCCCUCAAGUACAAGUGCUCUUAAUAUCAACAACAAUGAUAUAUUCACUUUUCUUUGGUUAGCCUUGCCGGCUUGUGAGUGAUGCUUGUUGCGUCUUAAACGUUUAAGCUUUGAUAAUAAAGCUGUAUAACAAUCAUUUCAUCUUUAUUACUCGCUGAUGGAAGAAAUCGACAUAAGUAGGGAAAUGAGCGUAUGAAAACAGUAGUGUACAUCUUCCUAAACUUUUGCUGCUAAAUACACACGUUGCUGGAUUUUUUUUAAUUAAUUACACAGCUUGAGACGAAGGAAAUUUAUGACGCUUAGUUAGAAGCGAAAUAUUACUGCGUUUAGUCAUAAUAUUUUUCAUAAUUAUCCUAUAAUAAUGCAAUUUUGUAGCGAUUAAUAGCGAAUUAAAUCAAUUCUUAAUUACAUAUAGGCGUUCGUUUUAAACAUCAAUUGGAAUCCAAUGCAGAUUCUAUAUAAUAACAAGCUCUCUGAUUUAAUCCUUCCUACGAAAAUAUGCUUUCUGGCAAUAUAUAUAUAUAUAUAUAUUUUCGGGAAAAUCAACAGUUCCAUAUAACUAUUAAAUGGUGUGGUUCCACGCAGGUGAAUACACAUCAAUAAUUCACAAGCAACACAUGGGCAGGAAUCAGAAAUGAACUGUUGUCGUGUGUAUUUGCGGUAUAUAGAAUUCAAAAAUUGGUCAACACGUCAUUUUUUCAGUAUUUUUAUUCAUUUAACUCUAUUUUGAUUCGAGUGAAUAAUCGAAGGUUUAAAAUGUAAAACCUUAUAAGCUAAAGUAAUAUAUUAUUUUAUCCAAAAAUUUAUGAUGUCGAGAGUUUGGAAAGUGCGCGAUAAUAUCGGAAUUUUUACACAAAUAUUAAUGCAUGCAAAAAAAUAAUAAUUUGCCCAGGGAAACAGUGCAGUUUGAUAAAAAUGGGAAGCGGGGAAAACCUGAAAGUGAGCAUGCAAUAGAAAAUUAUCCGUUGGCGUUUAUAACCACAAAUCCCACGCACAUGCGACAAUAAAACUUGUAUUGCUGAUUACACUACUGUUAUGGAUGUAUAAUGUGUUUCAUAUUUUAUUAUUUUAAUUAUAUUGCUGUUUCAACAUGCACUUGAAUGAGAAAAAGCUGAAAUGUAGCCGAAAAACAAGAGCAAAAGAACAAACGCACGCGUGUUUGAAUGAGAUGAAGGACGGAACAUUGAGAGCAGGAAAUAAGUAGCCGACACGUACCCUUCGAAAUUGCUAGACAAACAUGGUCGUACUUUGGUCCCAAGACAAAAUCCCAAACAACCAACUUCGUCGUAAAUUGACCGCUGCGUCUUCAAAUCCGCGUUUGAGUGAUUUAGCACAGAGGGAAAUUGAAAAAAAAUAUCUUCACAUUUUAUGGUAAAUUUAUGUAGUUUUAGAAUUUUGCUCUGCUCCUCUGUCUGAUCUGACGAUUUAACACAGGAGUCAAACUUUUACGAAACUGACCAAAUUACUCAAGGGGCGGAUGGAAAAUUUUUGUGUUUCUACAAAUUUUGCGUGAUUCAUCAGCGGCUUAACGCAAAAAUGCACUCUCUCAUCAUACGCACAACAUGUAAAAUAGCAAAAGCGCUGCUUUGAAGACCAGCUUUGUGAAAGAACAGUCGAGUGAAAAUAUUAUAUCGAUUGAACGCGUCAACAUUGAAUAUAGUCCAUCUGAAUUAACUUGUGAUCAGUAGUUUUUCUGUCGUCCCACGCCCUUUUUGAUUGUGUUUCCGUUUUGAUUCGCACAAAACGUCUUGUGACUUAUCUGUAGACCCAAUUUGUAAAAACCCCUUCGCAUAGCAUUUUUUGUUAUAUUUUACAUUUCAUUUGAACCCCGAAUAUCUGCGCCGUUUUUAUUUCUCAGUAGCACUCAUACAGUAUGCACCUCUACAUUCUCAGGUUUCAACUAAACUCCUGUUUUGCUCUCUUAUUUUAAUCAUUCAUAAAUACUUAUAAGUACACCUCCCGGAAAAAAAUUAUCAUUGAAAAAAUGUUAACACUCUAUUGUUAUCGGAUAAAUUGUAAGAAUGGAGCGAGAUAUUAUUUUAAUUACCUCUACUACUAUAUAUCUGUAUUAUUAAAAUCCUCACACGUUAAUUUUAUGUGUAAUGUAAUGAGUGAAACCUUUUAAAAUUUUCUGCAAUCUCUUUUCGCGAUAUAUAUGAAGCAAGAAUCCAUUCUUACAAGGGUCCGUAUGUUCUCGAGUGGCGACCCUAUUGAUAUUGAACGUGGUUUAUUUGGUCGGGUGGUUUCCUGCACACACAUUUCCCGCAAAAUGAAUUCUCCCCGAAAGCAAUAUCGGUUCACGCGCAGGCAGGGAUCAACUGAUUUGGCUUGAAAUGCGAGCCGCCGAUCUGCAUUGUUUUACGUGGCAGGCAACUCGAGCCAAACCUUUCGAUUUCUCCCUGAUUAAUUAGUUCCGCACCCUCGCAUCUCGGCGAGUUUUGGGGCCGAAAUCGCGAGGACGCAGCUGUGGAAACUGUUGUGCUGUGUGUGCGGCUGCGGUGAACAUACGUACGUUUAUUUUUUAUUUGAGCAGAGGAGUGCGUUGAUGAAGAUGUCGGAAAUAUUAUGUGUGUUUUAGGAGACAGUUGUGAAUCCAAUCGACAUAAAAGCAGUUUAAUCGCAGGGUUCCGGUUGACCGCACUUCUUUGGUUU